AUGGACAAAGCCAGCGUUGAUACAACCACCACAGCAGCCAGCGAAAAGUCCGGAUACCAACCGAAGGUCGAGCAUUUCGAGAAUUUCGACGAUGAAGCCGUCGGGGGUUUCGAAGGCGAAGGAGAGGAAGGUGAUAGGAGAGAGGAUUUCGGGAUAUUGGAGUUUAUGACCGAUGCUGAAUUGUUGGAUUACGCCAAUGAAUUGGAAGUGACCAUUCGAUAUAUGGAGGUGGAAAACGACGUGUUUUUAUUCUUCGUAAACGAGCAUUGUCCUCACGUGUUGGAAAAUCUAGAGCAGAUGAUCAGCCAAGCCACUCAGCUCGCUUUGAAACAAGCGCCAUUAGGCACAUUGAAGGAAGUAGAACCACAAUCAGACUCGAGCGAAGGCAGUCUACCCCAAAAAAGCGUCGUCCUGAUGGAACAGAUGCCAAAAAUCGCCAAUCUGAUCACCGGCCGGGGGCCCAAAGUGAGCGUCACCACGAAAAUCGAAAUGGUAACCAAGAAAAUCGAAAACGCCAUCGCCCUUCACGACGAAUUCACCAAAAAAGCCCUCAGGACCAAAAGGAACUUGAAGGCCGAGCUGGAGGAGUUCAACAUACGCGAAAGCGAUCUCAAAUACGCCAAGAACCAGUUCGAAUUCAACGUGAUCGUGUCGGGCGUGGAGAAACUCACCGGGCGUAUUCCGGCCGAAAAAUGGUUGAGGUACAUGGACGAAUGGAUCAGACAAGCGAUGUUGUCGAUGGAGAAAUUGAGGCUUCGAAUCAGCUCGUUGAAGUCCCAAUAUAAGAAACUGUCGACGAAUUACUAUCAAAGGAAGGAACUCAGCGCCACAGUGCACGCUGUAGAUUUCGAUCAAUUGGAGAUAGCUAACAAACAUUUACUGCUGAAAAUCGACCAGAAACAGUUGUAUCUAAUCGAGCUGAAGAAAAUGAACGGCGGGGCGAAUUUGGUGUUGAGCAGGCACAAGAAGGUGUUGCUCAGCCAACAAAUGGAGUUCAACAAAUUGGUAAAGGACAUCGAGAGCAACGAGCGAUUGAUCGAGUCCUUGGACGAGGAGUAUUUCAAAAUCGAGGCCGAGCGGGAUUUCGCGCGGGAAAAGUUCGAGAAUUUCAAGAAAUUUAAAAGCGAACAUAGAGUUCCGGAUAUAGUGGAUUACGUGGUAUUGAAAAAAGAAAUCGACGAAAUAAACAAGAACAUAAAGAUAUGGCAACGGAGGAAGAACAUACAAGAAAUCAGCCUGAACGCUUCCCUAAGGGAAAUGAAGCACAUAACCGGAUCGAGGGUGAUUGAUCCAUCUUGGAUCGAGGAUCCCAUGACCGAAGAGGAACUAUUCGAAUUCAUCAUAUGA